AUGCGCUUCCAGUUGUCUGAAGUCCACCAUGAGGCGGACGAAUUCGAGGAAUUAAUUGCCUGCGAGGUAGCGAGCUUCGAGCAUCCCCAACAAUCAAUCUUCAGAUUUUUCUAUCCUAUUUUUGGCCAUGAAUCUGCGGCAGAAAAGCAAACAGCCUUUCGAAGUCUGGUCGAGCUGCAACGCCAGUGGUCUCGCGAUGAUCCAGACAUAGUGUGGACCAAGGCCAUUGACACACAGAAUAACAACAAAAUAGUCGGCGGCUUGUUGAUGAAGGUCCAUAAGAAGAACCCUAAUCCUCAAAAGGAUGACGAUGGGCAUCAGUCUGCGUUUUGGUAUCCUGCCGGUAGCCAGCGGAGGUAUAUCGAUGAGUGCCUGCGCAUAUUUACAGCCCCGCAUGAGAAAUUCAUGCAGAGACCGCAUGUUUACCUAUUUAUUGGCUUCGUCCUUCCAGAAUACCGACAACAAGGAGUUGCCGACAUGUUUCUCGCUGAUGCAUGCCGGCGGGCAGAUGAACUCGGAAUAGAAGCGUGGCUUGAAUCUGUGGUGGCUAUGGGGGUGCCGAUUUACAUGCGACACGGCUUUAUUCCCUUCCGUAAGCACGCGGUAGAGCCUCACGCUGAAAGACCCGAUGAUGAAUGGAAGGAUAUGGAGGGGAAAAUGCAACCUCUGCGGUUCUGGCCGAUGUGGCGACCUCCCCAUGGCAAGUUUGUCCCUGGGGAGACGAAACCACCUUGGAAUGAAUUUAUGAGUGGCAUGUUGAGCAGGUUGUAG